AUGGGUCUCCCAACAUCCACCACCACCACCACCUCCACCACCACAUCCGACGACCCCCUAUCAACCCUCCUCCUCCCCCCACCCAACGAGACCCCCCUCGAAAGAACCGCACGAUUGGAGGCAGAGGCUGCUGCGCGGAGAGUGAGUGAGAUGAUUGAUGAGGAGUUGAAAGUUGAGAGAAUGGAGAGGAGACGGAGGGAGAGGGGGGUUGUGAGGGUGCUUUUGUUGGGGCAGAGUGAGAGUGGCAAAUCGACGACGUUGAAAAACUUUCGAAUGAAAUACGCACGCGCAGACUGGGACGCCGAGCGCGCGUCAUGGCGCGCUGUGAUCCAGCUCAACGUGAUCCGCUCGAUCAUUACGAUCGUAGAGGCGCUGCAGGCCGAGAUGGACGGGGAGCCCGAGGGCGAGGGCGAUCUGCAGCACCCUGUCAGUCCUGCGGGGAGUAGCAGUGCAGGUGGCGGGGGGGAAGCGAGUGGGAGUGGAGUGGUGGGAGGAGGCACGGGGAGGGAAGGGGGUAAGGCGUUGUCGACGCUGUUGACGGGUAAACACCAGGUGUUGAAGAUGCGCCUCGGGCCGCUGCGCCGCGUCGAGACUGAUCUGAAGAGGCGGCUUGGCGCGGGGUCGGAUGAGGAUAUGGGGUUGCCCUUGCCAUCGCCAGCGCCUGCUGCUGCUGCUGCUGCUGCUGCGACGGGUGAUGGCGCAGCGACGAAUGUGCUGGGCGGAGCGACGCAACGCGAGUUUGGAGUUACGCGGCUGCAGGAGGCGUUGCAGCGCGGGCAGCGCUUAGCGAGGGUGGGGAGUGGGCGUGCGACGCCCGUUGGUGAGGAUGGGGAGGGGGAAGGAGAGAUGGUGGAUGAUGCGACGGAGAUUCUGGCGAGUUGUUUGGACGAUAUGAAGGCGCUGUGGACGGACGAUGUUGUGCGUGCCGUGCUCAAAAAGCGGAGGAUACGGAUCGAAGAUACAGCUGGGUUUUUCCUGGACGACCUGGACCACAUCGCCCAGCGCGAUUACUCGCCGUCAGACGAUGACGUCGUCCGCGCACGACUCCGCACGCUCGGCGUGCAAGAGUACCGCAUCAGACUGGACGACGGCCCGACUAGCAUCUUUGCGGGCGGUAUCGGCGGCGACGCAGGUAAAGAGUGGAUCUUGUACGACGUAGGUGGAUCGCGGACUGUGCGCCACGCGUGGUUGCCGUACUUUGAUAAUGUCCAAGCUAUCAUAUUCCUGGCGCCCGUAUCAUGCUUCGACGAGCGCCUGACCGAAGACGCACGCGUCAACCGCCUCGAAGACUCCUUCCUCCUCUGGCGCACCGUCUGCUCCUCCAAGCUCCUCGCCAGCACGACCAUGAUCCUCUUCCUGAACAAAUGCGAUUUGCUAAAGAGGAAGCUGAAAGCGGGUGUGCAGGUGCGCAAGUAUCUGCCUAGUUAUGGUGAACGUGCGAAUGAUGUGAAUACUGUUGUGAAAUAUUUGAGAGAAAAGUUUAAAGAGCAGUUGAAGGAACACUCGCCUACACAGCGCGCGAGCUACUUUUACGCUACGUCCGUCGUCGACACAAAAGCUACAGCGACGACUAUAAAAGCUGUCAAAGACAGUAUAUUGCGGGACUACCUCAAAAACGCCGAUUUCGAUGCCGUUCCCAGUUGUGACCCCGGUGCCAUCUGA